AUAAAUUGAAGGUAAUAUUAUAAAUUAGAAGGAUCAUAUAAACAAAAAUUAACAUAUAUUUAUCACGAUAUCAAGAGUAGCAUAUUAUAUUUAUAAAAUGAGGGUUUUUUUCCUAAUAUUUUAUAAGAGGAUAUUAUAACUAUAACAUUCUUCACACUGAAAAAAAGUUUUAUGAAAAAGUUUGAUCAAUCAGGAGAGGGAUCAGAUGGAAUGACAAAGAAGAGUGCUCAAUUGUCGUAACAGGCGGAGCGAAACACUCUUCUCGCAUAAAUAAGCGAGUAGUAACCACUCCUCAUUUCCCCUUUCACUUGCCUGAAGGAUCAUGUUUUUAAUCUAACACCAACACUAACCUUUUUAUACCCAAACAAUAGCUUCCCCAACUUCACUCCUGACCGAUGUGGGACUCUCCUCAGUUUCUUUCUUUUCACUUGAAUCAAAAAAACCCUAAUUUCAAAAUCUCAAGAAUAAUGACCACAACAACCAUCUCUCGGCAUGAUUUCUAUGGUGAUGAUGGAGAUCCCGAAACUUCCAUCUCUGUAUCUGUUAUCGAGAAUAUGAAGGAAGAGUACGGUUUGUUCGUUUGGCCUUGUAGCGUCAUCCUCGCCGAGUAUGUUUGGCAACACAAAUCUCGAUUUCGUGGCUCUUCAAUUCUUGAGUUAGGAGCUGGAACUUCCUUACCCGGUUUAGUAGCUGCAAAGGUUGGAGCUAAUGUCACCCUUACCGAUGACUCUAGUAAACCAGAGGUUUUGGAGAAUAUGAGAAGCGUUUGUGAGCUUAACAAGCUCAACUGUAAUGUGAUGGGUCUCACUUGGGGAGUGUGGGAUGCAACCAUAUUUGAUCUGCGGCCUAAUAUUAUACUUGGAGCUGAUGUUUUGUAUGAUUCAAGUGCGUUCGAUGAUCUCUUUGCCACCGUCUCGUUUCUGCUUCAAAUGUCCCCUGGUGCAGUUUUUAUCACUACAUAUCAUAACAGGAGUGGGCAUCAUCUGAUCGAGUUCCUGAUGGUGAAAUGGGGUCUAAAGUGCGUUAAACUUGUGGAUGGCUUCUCCCUUUUGCCAUCUCGCAAGGCAUCUUUACUAACCGGUAACAUUCAGCUAGUUGAGAUCGUGUUGAGUUGUACAACAUCAGCAACCUAAGUCAGACUGGAAAAUAAGAGCCGGAGGUCAAAGGAAAUCGGUAUCGAACUAAUGGUUGAACUGUGUCAGUUACCUGAGAAUGAAUCUGCACCGAAGAAAAAGAAGAUGCGAGUUUAAUCAGUGAAACACAUGUUCUAAACACGUGACCUCCGUUAAAAACAUGAUGCAUGCUUGGUUAUGCAUACCUUAGUCUUCGUUUAUGUACUUAAUUGCAAAAUGUUCUCAAAUGGUAUAUGUACUUAAAUUACCGUAAUCUAGUCCCAAUUAUUUUG